AUGGCCGACACCACGCUCCACUCCUGGGAAUACCUGGAGACUCUUCCAGGGACGCAGUUCUACCGGCUCUACCGAAGCCCGGCGUCUGCGCUAGCGAUCUUCCGCAAACGGCUGACCAGCCUCGCCAAGUCGUUUGUCAUGAUGCUUCUGUACAUGCCUGCCCCUCUACCCGUGAAGCAGCUGGAGCUCUUGGUCAAAGACAGCAGUCGUGGAGAGCGUGAAUAUGCCAUCGACCUGCUCCACCGGUACCAUAUCUUCAAGGAUGUGACCUACAGCGGUGUGAAAGCGUACGCGCUGACUCCGGACUUUGCCAGAUCACUGCGUCGCGCCUUGACCGGCGCAGGCGACACACGGUCGUUCGGGAAGGUGGCCACCCACGUGCCCGGCGAUCAGAAGGGAACAAUCACGCAGCUCGACGAGUACGCUCAGCAACGAUGGGAGGGCAUCUUGGGAUACAUGGUUGGAUCUUCAUCUAUACUCUUGGAAACACCGAGUACGGAACGCCAGGCGGCCAUGCAGCCGUCGCUGGGUGUCAUCGAACUGCUCAAAGCUGGCCACCUGAUCGAGCUCUCGGGCACCUAUAGUCGAGGGCAGUCAGCCAAGAUCACCAAAGAAGGAUUUGCCUUUGUGCUGCAGGACAUCAACACCCAGAUCUGGGCCCUGCUGUUCUUGUACGUCGAUAAUGCCGAGGUUUUUGAGAUGGACAAGGUCGACGUCUUGUCCUUCCUGUUCUUUAUCUCUUCGCUCGAAUUGGGCCUGGCCUAUUCCACAACGCCCCUCGACGACACCCAGCAGCGAUGUCUGUCCGACCUGGUCGCCUUUGGCAUCGUCUAUCAACCGAUGCGGGACGACGGCACGCCCGUCGACUACUUCUACCCGACGCGGCUGGCCACCACGUUAACGUCCGACUCGAGCACGGCUCUCUCCACGACAAACACGACCAUCGGCACCUCGCUUUCGACAUCAUCAUCAUCAUCGCCAACAUCAGCAAACACCGGCGCCACCAAAGGCUUCAUCGUCGUCGAAACGAACUAUCGGCUAUACGCAUACACUUCGUCGCCAUUGCAGAUCGCGCUGCUGUCGCUGUUCGUCAAUCUGCGGUCCCGCCAUCCGAACCUGGUCACGGGCAAGAUGAGCAAAUCCUCCGUGCAGCGGGCCAUCCGUGCCGGCAUCACGGCUGACCAGAUCAUCUCCUACCUUACCUCCCAUGCUCAUCCACAGAUGCGCCGCCAUGCGCAAGCCGAACAAUCCCGCAACUCCGACCACGCACGCGUCGUCCCCAUCUUACCUGCCACCAUUCUGGACCAGAUCCACCUGUGGCAAUUGGAACGUGACAGAAUGACCACGACCCCGGGCUUUCUGCUGAAAGACUUCCCCAACCAUGCCGACUACGAGGCCCCCUGCCGCUAUGCGGACGAGAUUGGUGUGUUGGUGUGGAAGAACGACAAGAAACGCAUGUUCUUUGUCAACCGCAUCGAGGGUGUCCGGGCUUUCAUGGCGGAACGGCGGGCUAACGCUCAGGCAUGA